AUGGAGAUGGAUUCAACACCACCAUACUCUGAACCUACAACACCAACACCAGUACCUAACACCAGUCUCCCCCCUCCACACCCAGACUCCAACCCCACAACCUCCCCCCUCAACCCCACCCUCCCACAACGACCUCCCAACCCCAUCACCAUCCACAAGCCCUUCCCCUCCUCCCCCCACCGCCUCCAACACGACCUCCUCCUCCUCACCAGCUUCAACGACAACACAACCCUCCACUGGCGCCCCUCUUGGUUCCCGCAAACCCCCUUUGCCGCCUCCUUCUGGACCCUGCAUAACCCGCCCAACGUCGUCACCGAGUCGCUGCCGCAAGUUGGUAGGGGCCGCAGGUACUAUACGCGGCGGAUGCGGCGCGUGGGGGAUCCGCCGCCGGUGUAUAUUAAGACGGGGGAGGCUUGGGAUAGGUAUUGUGGGUUGUAUGGGGUGCCGAGGGGGUUUUUGGGGCCGGAGAUGGUGCUGUUGGCUAGAGAGGGGGCGUGUGAUCUCCAGGGGCGCUUUGUUGCACCCCCGUCCUACCCCCUCUACCCAGAACCCCAACCCCUCGGCCACGGCCGCUACAUCCUCGACCCCUCCACCUACCACACCCACCUCCCCGUUAAAUUCCACUCCGUCAACCACGCCCCCUCCGCCACGCACGAAGCCCAAGUCGUCGUCGUGCACUCGACCGGCGCGCUGACCAUUGAGCCCCGUGCCCCCUUUUUCAUGCAUGCCAGCCAGUGGACGCAUUUCAACGGCCGUGGUGGGUACGAAGUCGAUGCGCUGCAGAACUUUGAGGAGGGCGCGCCGCGGCAGCAGGGGCCGGGUCGCAGGUGGAGUUAUUUGCCGUGGACGGAGGAGCAGGCGGAGAGUUGUCGGAUGGAGUUGUUGGUUAGGUUGAGGGUUGGGGGGUGGGAGAGGCCGAUGGGGGAUGGGUUGUUGAGGGCUAUGAAGGCGGAGGAGGAGUGGGUGGAGUAG